AUGCUGGACCGAAGCGUGGCCGUGGGCAUCGUCAGCUGGUCCCUCUACCGCGGACUCAUCUUUGGUGAUGGCGCAGGGCUCGAUAACAUGGGCUUCGCGAUCGAAGGCGGGCGAGCUGGGGGGGUUGUAGGGGAGCGUGGGUUCAGGGGUCCGGAUUCGAGAAAGAAGAAGGCCAGUGCAUCGGCUCUGCUGCAACCUCAAUGCGCUGCGGGUGGCCCUAAACCCUAA